UAUUGUAAUGUUAGUUACAACUGUAGCAACAAGGAUAGUAUAGUGCCAGUAGAAACUGUAGCAUGUGUUAAAAAGACAAAUUCCAAAAUGUGUCUAAUGAAAAAUUUGAGAUGUGUGAUCCUACUGAUACUAGUUGUUGAAGUGAUACCGAUACAGUUGCAAGAAGGUGAAGAAAUCAAAGGCAAUAAUGUUGAUGAUAGUCAAUUGAAUGAAUGUAUAAGUGUGAGAAGAAAUACGGAAAUUGGAGAGUGUUUUGGCAAAGAACUGUUGACGAAAUUGAAUAAGUAUGAUGAGGCUGAUUCAUUCAGUUUGGCUACCGGAGUUUCUUUUGUGAGAGAUGAAAAGACGCCGAGGGAUAUUAGUGCUUUUCUUGAUAAAGAUCCUAUGGAUUUUCGUUCCAUCCUCGAAGAUGCAGGCAACUUGAUAUCAAAAAGGUCUCUUCAUUGGGACCUCAGUACACUAUACCCUGGACUGAUCAUGAGGAUUGGUCCAACACUAGCCAAUGGAGUGCUGGAAUUCGUUGUGGAUCCAAGAGUGAAGGACAGGUCUGGUUAUCAACAGCCUGGUGAAGUUUCCACAGGUCGACUUCUAGCAAGAAACCUUCUAGUACCAUUCUUACUUGGAUUCAAAUUCCAACUUUCAACAUUACUACCUUUACUAUUAGGUCUAGUAUUGAUUGCAAGCAAGAAGGCGUUCCUUUUGGCCAAAUUAGCACUCCUCGCUGUAACAGUAUUCAGCAGUGGCUAUGGAAGUCAGGGAUCAUCUUAUGGUGGUUUUGGAGGACCUUCCCUCUCAUCGUAUGCUUAUGAGAACCCUGGACAUUAUCAUGAUCAUGAUCAUCAUACUUCGUCAGGCUACUACCGUCGCCAACCACACCCAGAUUACUACUACAGGGAGAAAUCAUCAGAACCGUCCACAGCAUCACCAAUCACUCCUGAGGAGUUGAGGAACAGGCUGGAGAGACUAUUUGUCACUAAGAAGGAUCCUGUCAAUGAGAGGGAAGAAGUGAGUGGGAGGAACCGUAACUUUGCUUGGACACCCAUUAAUACUGGAUAGAGUGGGGGCGGAGAUGGUGUAGUUUUAUUUAUAGGUUUAAGUAGGUAUUCUAUAGGAUAAUUUGAGUAGAACGAAGCGGUUGUUAUGGAAGCAAACUUUGGUAAUAGUUACUACUGUUGCAAACUGAAAAUCAUUUUUUGACACCGUUGCCCCACACACUUGGAUUUUCUCCUGUGUCGUCGGUGCGUUUACAAUUAAUAUACAAGAGUAUACAUGCACCUUACACCCAGAUCCGAAACAACAAUUUGUGUAUCAUACAAAGAGUUGCUCGGUGCGAGAAUCUGUGUAGUGCAGCCAUUUUAAACUAGGAUUUAUUUGAAACUUUAUUUUCUAUUUUUCUGAUAUUGCUUACUAAAAUAGCACCUAAUUUAUUUACUUCUAGUCAACUUUGUAAAGCUUUUGUACUAUUAUACUAUUGAAAGUAAGUAUUCAUUAUUUUUAAAUCUUUUUUUUUAUUUGAGCACAUUCAUAUUUUUUGUAUUAUUUACUUUUAAUAUUUUUUUCAAUAAAUUAAUUAUCUA